CGCUGAAACUGGAGAAUUUUCGCUUUUGUCUGCUCUCUCUCUCUUCUUUCGCUCCCUUUAAAAUGGUGUAAGAGGAAGAGAGCGGGAACGUGUAGCGUACAGCUCUGCUUUCUCUCGUGUAGAGGCUUUCUGUCAUCGCUUCCUUCACGCUCAAUCUCUCUCAAAGGCAUUGAGAUCUGCGCUCCAGUUUUUCGCUUCCAUUUCUCGUCUGAAGCUUCAGCUUGCUGUUAUGGCUCCUUCAAAUGGAACAUCAAACAAUUCUCAUCCUUCCCCACACGCACCACUCAAUGAGAGAAUACUUUCAUCAAUGACCAGGAGGUCUGUUGCUGCACACCCUUGGCAUGAUCUUGAGAUAGGACCUGGGGCUCCAACGGUUUUCAAUUGUGUGGUUGAAAUAGGAAAAGGAAGCAAAGUGAAGUAUGAACUUGACAAAAGAACUGGUUUGAUCAAGGUUGAUAGGAUUCUUUACUCCUCUGUCGUGUACCCACACAAUUAUGGCUUCAUUCCUCGGACUCUUUGUGAGGACAAUGACCCCAUUGAUGUCUUAGUCAUCAUGCAGGAGCCAGUUCUUCCUGGAUGUUUUCUGAGGGCGAAAGCUAUAGGCGUUAUGCCUAUGAUUGACCAGGGUGAAAAAGAUGACAAGAUUAUAGCUGUUUGUGCUGAUGAUCCUGAAUACCGUCACUACAAUGACAUUAAGGAGCUCCCACCGCAUCGAUUGGCCGAGAUUCGCCGCUUCUUUGAAGACUACAAGAAGAAUGAGAACAAGGAGGUAGCUGUGAAUGACUUUCUGCCAGCCACUGAUGCCUUCAAGGCCAUCCAACACUCAAUGGACCUCUAUGCAGAUUACAUAGUGGAGAGCUUGAGGCGGUAGUCCUCUAAGAAAUUUGGUAAUCGCAAUUCCAUUCAUCAUGCAUUGGAAGGCCUACACUGUCUCAAAGGAAAGAUGUUCUUGUCUCUAUGUUUUGUUAAUAUGCUUUCAUACUUGAUUUCACACUACGUUUUGUUAGGAAAAGAAAUUAUGCGUAUAAAUGUUUGUAUCAAGGACUGAAUCAAAAUAUUACACAGCGAUCAUACUAGUCUAAGAUCAAUGGCUAUAUUUUUUAUUUUUUAUUUUUUGAAAAGCCUAUUGUAAUGAAUCUGCACUUCAACUCUACUACUUGUCUUGUUGGGUUCCAUGAUCAUUGUGCC